AUGGCGGAAAGUGCUAAAAUAAUUACCGAGACACAUUAUAAAAAUGAGAUUGAAAUUGAGUCUUCAAAUAUAUCAGAGAAAAUUUCGAUAUUAAGUUCUUUGGCGCUCCAAUCAAAUACUCAAUGUGGAGGUACAAAACUGCCGACAAUAAAAGACUUUGCUAUUGUUAAACCUAUAAGUCGUGGAGCAUUUGGUAAAGUUUUUUUAGGAUAUAAAAAUAAUGAUCCAGAAAAAUUUUAUGCUAUCAAAGUAAUGCGAAAAUCUGAAAUGAUUAACAAAAACAUGGUUUCGCAAGUUAUAACUGAACGUAAUGCUUUAGCCAUAUCACGUAGUCCGUUUUGCGUUAAUUUACUUUAUUCUCUUCAAACGUCUUCAUACGUAUAUCUUGUUAUGGAAUAUAUGGUUGGUGGUGAUUUAAAAUCAUUAUUGACGAUGUAUGGAUUCUUCGAUGAGGAUACUGCUAAAUUUUAUGUUGCUGAAAUUACAUUAGCUUUAGAAUAUCUUCACAAUCAUGGUAUUGUUCAUCGUGAUAUCAAACCAGACAAUAUGUUACUUUCAGUCACUGGGCAUGUGAAAUUAACAGAUUUCGGCUUAAGUAAAAUUGAAAUGAGAAGAGAUAUUGAAUUAUCCGAUCUUAUAAAUGUUUCACCUGCAAACUUGAAUACAAGGACACCUGGUCAAUUACUUUCACUAACCUCACAUCUAUCUUUUGGAUCAACUGAGAAAAAAGUCGAGAAAGCUGAAAAAACCGCUUUGACCGUUACAUCAAAUUUUAUGAAUCUAGUCAAUCAGUUGCAUAGUUCUUCUGAAGAGAUUGAUGACAGGAAUAACAAUACAAAUAGUAGUGAUAGUAAACUUCUAAACUAUCAAAAUAUCUCUGGUGUUCAACCAUUUUACUCCGCAGAAGAACAAAGUCUUGAAAUAAAUACAGACACCGAUUCUCCUUCGUCAUACUAUACUUGUACUUCGAAUGAAUCUAUCAAAAAUUCUGAGGAAAUACCCAAAUGCCUAUGCAAUAAAGUUGAAAAACAAAAUAAUAUUUGUUGCAAUAAACAAAAUUUUAUUAAACAAGUUCGGGGAGUGCUUAUGGUAGACAGCAAAAAUAAAAUAUACAAUAUUUCGAAAGGUAUUGAAGAUUCUGGAAUAGUAUCAAGUCAACGAGGAGAUUAUUCAAAUUGUGACGAACUUCAAAAUUUUAUGAAAAGUGAUUAUACCACGAGUUCAGAUUUAUCGAAAAGUAAUAGUGAUAGCAACUGCAAUUCUUUCCAAAAUCCUAUACAAAAUUUUAAACACCCAGAAUAUUUGGGUGCUUGUGCAAUGAAACGAAAGCGAAAUAUGUUACAUCGUAUAGAAAAUAUCACUGAAAGUUUUGAUGAAUCAGGAAGUAGUUCUGCUAGUACAGGUUUAACCCAAGAAAUUGAGUUAAUAGAUAUUGGUAGUAGUACCCCCAAAAAAAGGAAAUCAAAAAUUACACCAUUAAACACAAAAAGCGUCUUAAAAUGUGUAUCGCCAUCAUAUGAUGAAAUCCCAGUCACUAUCAAAAACAAUAUUGUUAAUGUUGCAUUUUCAACUCCAGUCUCUUCACAAAAAACUAUUAGAAGGGCUGAAAAUGGACUUCUAAACAAAUUAAAAACAACGCGCUUUGUCUUACCUUUAUCUAUGGAAAAUAGAAAAUUCAUUGACACAAAUGAAAAAUUUAGUGUAAAUUAUUCGAAAUAUGAUGAAGAACCGGCAAUGUCUCCAAUCAAUGCUGGAAAUGUAAUUAAAACCCCAAAAACUUUAAAAAAUACACCUUAUCGAACGCCAAAAUCCGUAAGAAGAGGUCCCCAGCAUGUUUCAGAUGAAAGGAUACUUGGUACUCCAGAUUAUUUGGCUCCAGAGCUUUUACUUAUGUAUCCACAUGGUGCUCCGGUUGACUGGUGGGCUUUGGGUGUAUGUUUAUAUGAAUUUUUAACUGGAAUUCCACCAUUUAAUGAUGAAACGUCACAAAAGGUUUUUGAUAAUAUUCUUAAUCGAAAUAUUGAGUGGCCCCAGGAUGACGAAGCACUGUCCAAAGAAGCUGUUUUAGCUAUUGAAGCUUUGUUAACUAUGGACGCAUCAAAGAGACCAGCAGCUAACGAAGUAAAAUCAAUGGAAUUCUUUAAGACAAUCGAUUGGAAAUGUAUUCAGGAAAUGGAGGCACCUUUCAUACCAACCCCUGAUGAUCCAACUGAUACUGUCUAUUUUGAAGCACGUAACGUAAUUCAACAUUUAAAACUUUCCAAUUUCACACCUGAUGAAUGAAAUCUUCAUAAUUUUUUAAUUGUGUUAGUAUAAUAUUUUAAAUUAUAAUUUACAUUGUAAAUCUAUUGAUGUUGUUUUAAGAUACAAAACGUUUCUUUUUUUUUUUGUUUUUAUCAACUACAUACUCAUAUAACAUGAAAUUGUAUUAUGAAUAUCUUUGUGUUGGAAGAAUAAGUGUAUGUACUAUAAUCUUCUAUGUAGUCCGUAAUAAUAAACACUUUA